CCUCCCGACCGGGCCGGCGGCGCGAGCCUUGUUUCCGGUUCCCGCUGCCGCUCGCGCUCAUCUAUCCAUCUAUCCGUGGACUCGGGAUCAUGGCGGCCACGGCCACGAUGGCGACGUCGGGCUCCGCGCGGAAGCGGCUGCUCAAAGAGGAGGACAUGACCAAAGUGGAGUUCGAGACCAGCGAGGAGGUGGACGUGACCCCCACGUUCGACACCAUGGGCCUGCGGGAGGACCUGCUGCGCGGCAUCUACGCCUACGGUUUUGAAAAACCUUCAGCAAUCCAGCAGCGAGCUAUCAAGCAGAUAAUUAAGGGGAGAGAUGUCAUUGCACAGUCUCAGUCUGGCACAGGCAAGACAGCCACCUUCAGCAUUUCCGUCCUCCAGUGCUUGGAUAUCCAGGUUCGAGAAACCCAGGCUUUGAUCUUGGCUCCAACAAGAGAGUUAGCUGUACAGAUUCAGAAGGGUCUGCUUGCUCUGGGGGACUACAUGAAUGUACAGUGCCACGCCUGCAUUGGGGGCACCAAUGUUGGAGAGGACAUCCGGAAGCUGGACUAUGGGCAGCAUGUUGUGGCAGGCACACCGGGACGUGUCUUUGAUAUGAUUCGCCGUAGAAGUUUAAGGACACGGGCUAUCAAGAUGUUGGUUUUGGAUGAGGCUGAUGAAAUGUUGAACAAAGGUUUCAAGGAACAGAUCUACGAUGUGUACAGGUACCUGCCACCAGCCACACAGGUGGUUCUCAUCAGUGCCACGUUGCCUCAUGAGAUCCUGGAGAUGACCAACAAGUUCAUGACCGACCCCAUCCGCAUCUUGGUGAAGCGUGAUGAAUUGACUCUGGAAGGCAUCAAGCAGUUCUUUGUGGCAGUGGAAAGAGAGGAGUGGAAGUUUGAUACUCUGUGUGAUCUCUACGACACGCUGACCAUCACCCAGGCUGUCAUCUUCUGCAACACCAAGAGGAAGGUUGACUGGCUGACAGAGAAAAUGAGAGAAGCGAACUUCACUGUGUCCUCCAUGCACGGAGACAUGCCUCAGAAAGAGCGUGAGUCCAUCAUGAAGGAGUUCCGGUCAGGUGCCAGCCGAGUGCUCAUUUCCACGGAUGUCUGGGCCCGGGGCCUGGAUGUCCCUCAGGUGUCCCUCAUCAUUAACUAUGACCUGCCCAACAACAGAGAACUGUACAUUCACAGAAUCGGGAGAUCAGGUCGAUACGGCCGCAAAGGUGUGGCCAUCAAUUUUGUGAAGAAUGAUGACAUCCGCAUCCUCAGGGACAUAGAACAGUACUACUCCACCCAGAUAGACGAGAUGCCCAUGAAUGUGGCUGACCUGAUCUGAAGCUGGUACAGGUGCACCAAGGGCCUGGAUAUGGCAGCGCCUGUUGUGAGCUCCGUCUUAGAAACAAGAAGCCUCUGUUUAAUGGGGUUUAUAUGAACUGUCUUCUCACAGCCCCUCGGGAAGACCCUUGGCCUCUGCCAUCUUUUCUUACUCACAUGUAAAUAAUCCAGUGCUUUAAGCCUUUUACAUUAAACAUGGAAGUUUUCUCAUGAA